AUGCAGUUCUAUACUAUCCUUAUUGCCACCUUUGCCCUCGCCAUCUCCGGCGCUCAUGCACUCCCCCAGAGUGAUGACUCUACCUGCCUCCGCUUGUGCAGAGACGAGCCGAUUGAUUGCCCAGCUCAAUGGGAGACGGUUCAGAUCCACUCUGGUGACCAGGAUUGCUGGACCUGCUGCACUGAGUAA